UACUUAGCGGCCCUCACUGGGCAGUACGCAGAACGGUUUGUCAAAUAUGGAGCCUAUUCUCCAACGCCUCUGUCACUUAAAAAAUUGACCGUAUUCGGGCAGGCUGGUAGCGCCCAAGAGUCCGCCAAGUUUUUGCUGGAAGAACUCCCAGUCAGACUAGCCAAUAUAAUGCAAGAAAUACACCUCCUUCCAGAGCGUCUAGUACAAACUCCAUCUGCAUCAAUGGUUGUGGGCUGGUACGAGCAGAGCUUUCGUGAGCUAGUUGAUUUUGAGGAUCAUGCUCUUGAAGGUAAAAAUCUCGACAAGUUCACCGACAUGCUUGCUGGGAUUCGGGACAGACAUUCUCGCGUUGUUGAAACAAUGGCGGAAGGUGUAAUGGAAAUGCAAGAGCGGCACGGGUCAGAUAUGGUUAUAAACAAUCAAGUCCAAUAUUUCCUGGAUAGAUUUUACAUGAUGCGCAUCAGCAUACGAAUGCUUAUUAAUCAGCAUGUUUUACUUUUUGGUCCGGAACUAAAUAAAGAAAGGCGAUUCGUGGGAUCUAUUGAUCCUAACUGCAAUGUUGUAGAAAUUCUGGACAACGCGUAUCAUGAUGCAAAAUAUCUCUGUGAACACUAUUACGCCGGCUCUCCAGACAUUUCUACAAGAUUACUAAAUGGUAUUUGCUCCAUUAUUUCUAAACGUAUUGAUUUAGCUGAUGAAACCGGAGCAAUCCGAUUAACUUAUGUGCCUUCUCAUCUUCAUCAUAUCCUCUUCGAGUUGAUAAAG